CGUCAUCUGGGGCCGUGUUCGAGGUGGCCAGGGUCUGCCGGUCUACUCUGCGACCCGGAGUUGCAAUGCGGCACGGCGUGUGGAGUGCCUGGAGCGGCUGGAGCGAGUGUGUACCGCCAUGCGGAUCCGGUCAGCGCAUCCGCUACCGAUACUGCGACUCCCCGCCCCCUCUCAACAAGGGGGCGUACUGCCAGGGCAACGCUACGGCUGUCACGACAUGCACUAACCCCGCGUGUGACCUGCCUGCUGUCACGUCUACAUCGUCACCCAGUCUCCCCCUGGACCCCAGACUGCGCUCCUGCAACUGCGGGUGUCGACUCAACGUCACCAGCGGCCACUCACUGCUGCUGGAUCUUGACACGAGCUCCUGUCGCGGCAACGUCUCGUGGCUCAUCAAGUCACCGGACGGCGAGAGCGUGAUGGCAGCGCUGAGCAGAGCGUCGCUUCUGGCUGGCGGUCAGUGGGUGAAAGUGCGGGACGGGAAUCGGUCUACUUCACCGCUGCUCCUCACACUUCCCACUCUACCUCGCCACACACCAGGGAUCUUCUUAACUACACAUAUGCUCAUGGCGACAACUCUUACUGGGAUCCAAGAAGAAAAACGAUGGAAUAAAUUUAACAGCGAGAAAAACACGUUUGAUCCUUGGUGGCUUAUCAGAUCUUCCUCUGAAUGGCUGAGGCUCGAAGUGCAUACCCUAACUAACGUGAGCAACGAAACUAUCAUCCCUCAUCUUGGCUUCACCCUGCUAGCGCGGCCUGCCGGUGCAAUGUGGCCCCAUCAUGUUGAGGAAGAGUUGUUCGUUUCCAAAGACGUACAAGCAGUGGGCUGGAUUUCUUACGCCUCUGUGGUGAACUUCUUCGCUUUGGUGUUUAUUGCUAUUAUUCUUUGCCUAAUAGUCGUGUUUGUUGUCGCAUAUCGGUUUCAGUACCGUGUAUAUCGCAAGUCUAAGAUGGAAUCUGAUUCUUUGAGCGACUCUUUCGGUAGCUCGAGCGAUUUAUUGGAACAGCAGUCAUCCAAACGACUGCCUUCGCUGCACACUCUUGCCGAGGUCCUGUCUCUGGCAUCGUUGUCGUUUGGUCGCCGCGACACACAGAGCAACUACACACAACUCACAGACAGAAAUUGUGUGCCGUUAAGAAAUAAAACAGGUUUCACGUCGAUGCCUUCGUCCCCUUUUUGUGGUAGAGCUCCGUUCAUGAGGGCGAAAAAUUCACGGCGAUGUGAGACCAAUCGACGCUCUGCUUCAUGUGAAGAACUAGAGUCCAGGUUUAUAUUCCCCAUAAAGGAAGAGAAUGUAAUGACAACUUCUAUUUCUGAAGUAGAAAUUAGUUCAUCUUGCAAGGAAGAUAGUGGAAAUGAAAGUCCAAGCAAAGAAUCGGCUAAAAAGUUGGGAAAGAAAUCUUUGAUCAAGAAACCCCAAACAAUUAAAGGAAGCUUUGCUUACGUUACGAAAGUCAAAGAUCUCAAUGGCAGCCGGUUACGAGAGAAAAAUUCUAGUAGCAAUUCGCCGAAAAUACCGAGCCAUCUAAAAUUGAAUCUUAAAAAUACGGGAAAUGGAAGAAGGCAAUCACCUAUUACUGUUGGUAAAAUAUCUUCCAUUGCAACCGCUCAUGCGAGUUCGACCUCGGAGUUGUCAAUGACUGGAGCAGAUCUCGAGUUUGAUUAUUACGACUACAACAUGGAUAACGCGUCAGCUGUUCCUGGGUCACUGUUUGGUCUCGACCCCACGCUUAUGCCGUGGCUUCCGUCCAUUUUGAACAUCGAUGAGAUUGAUGAAGAAGAUGAUAUUUAUACAUCAACACGCCAUCCAUUUUCAGUUUCUGUGUCGACAUUGACUCGAGAUGAUGAAGUGAAGGAAAGCAUUCCAUUACAAGAUAUGGCAUCACUUGACGGGAGAGCGAAGACUACAGGUCUUGCUGAGAACUCUGACAUGUCAGCUUCUAAAGCGAUUAGUCUGUCAAGUUCCGAUAAUUCCGAUGAAAUUAAAUUUGCUGAUGAUUCUGGAGAAGAGUGAUGGCUUCUGAAUACGUGAUAAUUUUCAGUUGAUGUAUUAUAAGUAUAUAACUCUUUUAGCAAUAAAUGUGUAAAAUGAACCAAGUUCUUUAUGGCAAUAAAGGCCAUUUGGAAAUAAAUAAUGAUGUCCUACCUCACUGCCAAACUAGCUAAAUGUGGACUUCAAUUCAAGCUUUGGCAAAUGCAAGUAACUAUUUAGGUUGAUGGAACACUGAAAAUAAAAUUAAAUACUCUUUAUCGCUUUUUCAUUGUGAUUUAAGACUGUCAAAAGACGCUGAAUUAUAUUUUUACAGUAAUUUUCCACAUGCUGACUUUUCUAGUCAUUAAUGCCUUAAGUGUCCAACAUCUUCGUAAAGUAUUUUAAUACAUUCUGCACUUGAAGAUUUUAUUCAAGUCUGUAAAUAUUAUUGCAUAGUUCAUACAUUUUUCUACCGUUUUUAACACAAUAUCACACAAUAUCAUAUCAUAAUAUCACAAUGAAAUUGAUUAUAUUAGUCAAAAUUUU